AAAUGGGGGUGGUACCUGUAAUGUUACUCUGUACAAUAUAUCUCCCUGGCAUCCUGUCAACUGAAGACAAGGGGACAGUAUUCCUGACCGCCUUCCCUGAAAAUGUGGCCUCCUAUGACCCUAUAAAUCACGUACACAAACUCAUCCUGACGGCUCUGUACGAAGACACCAGAGUCAAUGUUACUGUUGGGUCAGCUUCGAAAGAGUCAUUGCAUAUGAAUGCUAAACAAGUGGAGUCUGUAUACUUAGACGACUCUGAUGAACUGGGUCGGGAAGUGCUGUCACAGAAGUCAGUGGUCAUCAGAGCCAGCAAAGACAUAGUUGUUCUGUCCGUGAUGUCAAGAGGGGACCGUCAGCAAACAGUGGUGGUGCAGCCCACGAAAAGUCUGGGGACUCUGUACUACACCCCCGAUUUAAGCUCAUACGGCAGCAGUGGGAACGGCUUGGGUUUCCAGGAUUUCCCUGGUGCGAAGGGGAAAAUAGUCGUGAUCAAUUCAGACAAGGCGAAUGUUGUGAAAGUCCGCUCCUCAGGGCAAACGGAGACAAGGGAGCUUGAACCUUUUCAGGUUUUCCAGAUGAACAGCUCCGAUUUCCAGCCCGUCAAGAUCGAGGCAGAGGAGAGAGUGGCUGUGCUCCUGUCACAUCCCUGUGCAAAAACGACCAACUGCACCUGUGAAAUGAUGGCGAUCCAGUUGCGACCUGCCAACACCUGGGGGAAAGACUUCCUUCUUCCAUACGCCGAAAAUGAAACAGUCGCUGUCACCUCUGACAAGAGUUUCACUGUAGAAGCUGGAUCUCUGACAAAUACGGCCAGUACUCCAUCCUACUCCUCCUCUCACCAUCUCAUCCAUGAUCUAAAAAGUCAGUGGGCCAAGUCCUCAAAGGAUUCCUCUCUUAUGCUCCUCGAGCCGGGAAAAAUCACUCAGGUUAUACCCAAGUCACACUUCGCAGCUUGCCUGCUCACUUCCAACCAGGCCUCCAAGGCAUUAGUUAUUGCUCCAGACUCAGAAAAGAACAACGUGCGUUUCUGGAACGUUCCUUUACUUGCUGACUGGAAACAGUUCAACAGUUCUCUGAACUACUCCUGGGCAGAGAUUGACCUACACGUUUUUGAGAACUAUCUCAUCUGGCACCCAUCUGCUAAGAUCAUGGUCUACGUCAAACAUGGAGAAAAAUGGAGGAAAGCUUACACUCUGAGUACUGAACCAGACCCCCAGGGCUGCUUGUUGGAGCCGCAUGUCUACAGUGUGACUGACCAAUCGGGCACGUGGGCGGAGUCCAUCCGCCACUGCCAGGAGGAGCAGCAGGCCGAGCUGGUCAGCAUCAACACCGAGGACGUCCACCUGACCCUGUCCGAGAGGCUGAGCAACCCAGCGGAGGCCAAGGAUGCCUGGGUCGGUAUGCGGCGCCGCCUGGUCAACGGAGAGUGGUACUGGCUCAACAAGCAGCCCGUGAACGCCAGCAAGUGGGAGCAGGGCGAGCCGGGAGUCUCCGAGGAGAAGUUCUGCGUCUCCACGUCCCUGCGCGGCCCGCACAAGAACACCUGGAGGAGCCGCAGCUGCUGUGACAACAUGAGAGCUGUCUGUUACAAAACAGGUGUCUACCUCCCUCUGUGGCCAUGGUAA